AUGGACCAGUCAGGAGAACAGCAGAGGGUCAGGGCGGGCUUCAUCUCCACGCCCAGCUCGAAUAUGAUGGGAUACAGGAAGAGGGAGCGGUCGGCUUCCAUUGGAGAUGAGGGCGAAGCCCUCCAAACUUCGGAGACGAUCAAGCUGGCCAAAAAAAAGAAGAGGGCGCACACGGAGAAAUUCUUCGACAAGUACGAGCCGCUCCCGUGCACGGUCAUCACCCCUCAUCGCAUUCAAGCCGGCGCCGUCCCAGGCCCCACCAUCCAGCGAUACGGCAUAACCAAUAACCUCAAAGCGAACCGGGAUACUUCCUCCUCGACUCGCGCCACCAUGACAUCCGCCAUCUCUUCCUCCUCCGCUCUCGCCGCCAUCACCACCGGAAUCGACGAUGCUGACAGCUCCGGCUCCGAGUCCUCGGCGCCGACGUGCGUUGGGCACGGCAACAGAGACGACGAACUACAGGCUGGCACAGGAGACGAUGAGGAUAAGGAGGACGAUGCGCGGGAUCGGCACGAAGAGGUCUCUGACACGACCGUGGAGAUAUCGAGGGCCCGGUACGGCAUAACAUCGUACUGCCGAGUGAUGAUGGCCAUCGCGUAUAUGGCCUUGGUGUCGACUGAGUGGAUCAGAUCGCUGUCCUUGACAAUCCUUAAUGCGCUUGUCACCGAUCUGAUCAUCCUCAUCAUUCAGGAUCUGGCCCAUACAUACGCUCUCUCGUUCGUCAUCGAUGAUUCCUAUGGGGUCGAGGACAUCACCAUGACGGCGGGAGAGGCGAAAUGGAAGGAGAAGAAAGCCAGAGAGUCCAAGGCGGUGGCCAAGAAACCCAAGGCGGUCAAGAAGAAAGCCCUGACGGCGGAACAGCUGGCGAAGAAGGCGCAAGUAGACCAAAAGGUCGGCUCGCUACUAAAAAGGCUGGCCAAGGAGGUCAAACGCGAGCAUUCAUUCGACGAAAAUCUAGCCAUGCUGUUGGUCGACCCGGCCUACAAAGACCUCAUUUACUGGUCUAGGGAAGGGCCUAGGAAAGGGGAGACCCUUGUCACUCCAAGCUUGGCUGAGUUCUGGCGAAGAAGGCCGGCCGAUUUAUUUGCGAGGCAAGCAAAAAAGCUGUCAAGUUUUUCCAAGCAGUGCGAAUUAAGUGACCUCUUGCGGAGCCGGAGUGGCCACUCAUCUUCGGGAGCUGAGGGAGAGUAUCAUUCCAAGAGCUGGAGCUGGCGAGCGUAG